GUAUGAUAUGUGGCAUGAAUUAGAAUUUUGCACACCUGGGGGGGUGCAGUUCCCUGUGUCCGGCACUGGGUGCUGCUUGGGAGGGAGGUGCCGCUGCGGUGUUAAACAGCAGAGACCGAUGUGCGACGUGGAAAGGUAGACCGACACCUAUGUCUGUCAUAAUCCAACAAACCGAAUCCAGCGACAGCACGAGAACAGACUUUCAGCAGGAUCUAACGCUAAAAUGUAGCAUGUCGGCAAACUGACUCGCCACUUGUGUGAAAGAGGAGUCGUCAUGGACGGGGGGUUGACUAUCACUUUUAUAUCGGUUGCGAUGUUUUUAGGAUGUUUUUUUCUUGGAUUUAUCCCGUUGUUGUUCAGACUCUCUGAGAAAAGCCUGCAGUUUGUCUCCAUCCUGGGGGCAGGACUCCUGUGUGGGACAGCUCUGGCUAUCACCAUCCCCGAGGGCGUGGGCUUACUGGAGGGGUCAUGGAGAGCAUCCUCAUCCUCUGAUGUGCCAUCCGGUCUGAAUGCCAGUGAAAAAAAUGCAACUUCCACAGAGAUAGGUCUUAAGCUUCCACCCCGGUUCUUCAUUGGGGUGGCUCUAACUUUCGGCUUCACCCUCAUGUUUGUAGUGGAUCAGAUCGGAAGUUACUACUCCAUGCGCGGCCAGACUACUCGCAUGCCUAACAGUGUCGGCAUCACAGCCACGCUGGGGCUGGUUAUUCAUUCUGCAGCUGAUGGAUUUGCUCUGGGUGCAGCUGUGGCCACGGGCCAAGUGACAGUGCAAGUGAUAGUAUUUUUUGCUGUGAUUCUACACAAGGCGCCUGCAGCUUUUGGUUUGGUCUCCUUUCUGAUGCAUGCAGGCCUUGAAAAGAAGUACAUUCAGGGACAUUUACUGGCCUUUUCAGCUGCAGCACCUAUAGUUGCCAUCACCACUUACUUCAUAUUACACGCAUCUGGCAGUUUGUCUGAGAACCAGCUCAGUGCGACAGGUGUGGCAAUGCUCUUCUCGGCUGGGACUUUCCUCUAUGUGGCCACAGUGCAUGUUCUUCCUGAGGUCAACAGCGGCAGGACAGGCCAACCCCCCUCUGACUUCCAGCAGCACACUGGAGCCGAGGCCCACAAGCAGCGACGCCUCGGGCUCCUGGAGAGCCUCACUCUCAUCCUCGGGGUCGGGCUCCCAAUGGUGCUGGCUCUCGGGCUGCAAGACGACUGAGAGAGAAACAUUAGGGCAAUUAAGUUUACUGCAAAGUGCCACCAUGCCUGAAAGGAAAACUGUGAGCACCUGUUUAAUAUACUGUACAGUGUAAACUACCGGUAUGGCGCAGUGACAGGGCAGAUAAAACAUGCCUUGGAAGAGAGUUUACUUUGGUGUGUUCUGCUCUCAGUGAAACUUGCCUUUGAGUCCAGCUAUUGUUUGUGUAUCAAGAGCUCUCCAGUGGGUUUGAAGAAGCUGAAAACUAAUAUUUUGUUGUGAGUUUCCAUUCCAAGACUGACAAAAAGGGUGUUAUUUGAACCUUCUCCAGGCCCUUUCAUGGCAUGCUCAGUGGGGAAAUCCCAGUAACUGGAGAGAUUUACAGGAACAACCAAAUAAUCUGAUACUGUCUGUCACCCAAACAAUAAGAGAUCUAGGUCGCACAUUUUUAAAUCAUUUCAUCUUAGUUUGUUUGUAGUCAGGAGCUUGAAAACAGGUCCAGACUUUCAGUCUAUUAAUGUGCAGCAUUACUUAUUAGAGGACACAGGAUGUGACAUUUUUUGUGCAAUUGUAUAAUUUCUUUCAUAGCUUUUAUCAGUACAACUGACAAAGCCUCUUGGAUGUGAGGUGGAACAUCAGCAACACAUAUGUAGGAAGUCGAGCAACAUGAUAUGUGAGUCAGACAGAAACAGGUGGCUGACAGUAGGUACUGUACAUAACUGGGGUUAUCAAGUGGGUACUUCUAAUCACAGAUGUUUCUCUGACUUUACGCCUGUGACUUUUAGAAUCAGGGUUAUCUAAUUUUAAUGACUCCUGCUGUUUCUCUAUCAGUUCCUUGUUUUAGCAUAUGAAGAAAUUUACAUGAAAUAAAAACAUCUGCUCAUGUCA